AUGCCGGCAGCGUGGUGGACGGGUCUUCUGCGAUUGAUGAAGGCAGCGACAGUCAACCCAGCGAGCACCCUCCUUCAGCGAACGGCGACGGCAGCUGUGAGGAUCUUCCGCACAGACCUAGUAGCAGUGGCAGCAUAG